AUGGAAUGUACAAUAUGUUACAGAGUAGAUUCGAAGCUAACUCCGAUCGACGCGAAAUUAGUUGCACAGCAUCGCCUUUGCGAUCGAUGUCUAUCGGACCUAUUUACGAAGGAUUUUGAGCAAGGUCUAUCCAGCGACAGUGAUGAUUCCACGUCUAAUUUCGAAAUCAAAAGCAAUUUCAAUUUGGCAGACGAAUUGCACUUGGAACACGAAAGCUACCACGAAUACGACGAUGAUGUUAGCAUUAAAUCUGAAUCCGGUGUACUGCUAAUCGACAAAGACGCAAAUACGUUGGAAGAAGAUGUUAAGCCAGCUACGAUAAGCAAGAAAGCCAUUCCGAAAGACAAGUUGAAAGAGAAAUGUGCACUUUGUGACGAGCGGACCACCAAUCGGAGAUCUUUGGCGGCCCACAUGCGAAGAAGUCACCCGGAGGAGAAAGUUAAUCGAUGUCACAUCUGUCGACUGUUCUUCAAGGGCGUCGAACAGUUUGAGGAACAUAUUCGAAGCGAGCAUGCAGGAUUUAGUCAUAUCUGCGUAGUUUGCUUGGAGGGCUAUGGCAGGGGGGAGAAGUUGGAACACGAAAAGAGCUGUAUAGGACGGCUUUUGUUUGAAUGCAUCGAGUGUAGAGAGCAAUUCGUAUCAAAGGAAGGACUGAUGAAGCACUUAGAUAGUCAUCAAAUUCUAGAAGACUUGAAGGAAUCAUCAUACCAAGAAAUGAGAGCUCUGCAAAGGAUACACACCUGCGUGUUGUGCGAUGAUCAUCAAGGUUAUGAAGAGAAUGCAUAUUGGAAUCAUGUUCAUCGAGAUCACGACGGUCGUCAUCUUCGGUGUCCGGAUUGCGGAAAAACCUUCCGCAAUCGGAAGCACAUGGUCGUGCAUACCGGAGUGCAGUGCAAAGUGGGUGCCAAAGCGCGGGAGAAAGCUGCCAAAAUGCAAAAGCUCGUCCAAUCUCGGUGCCAGUAUUGUUCGAAAUCGUUUCGCAAUCGAACGCUUCUCCAAAAUCACGUGGCCAAGAUUCACAAGGCGAAACCAGUCGUUUGCGACAUUUGCGGAUUAAGUCUGGCCAAUCGCAAUCAGAUGCGGUACCAUAGGAUCAAAUCUCACACCGAACCAGCGGAGAAAUGUCCCCACUGCCCAAAACAAUUCCAUCUGGCCACCGAUCUUCGGCAGCACCUGACGACCCAUGACGUGAUUGGGAAAUUCAUCUGCGAAGAAUGUGGUCGCGUCUUUAAACGAAAAGUAGGCCUUGAACUACAUAUCAAAUCGCACCUGAAGGAUGCAGGUCAACCCAACAGACGGAUGAUUCCUGGAACGUCUGGAAAAUACGCCUGUGAACUAUGUGAUAGAAGAUUCAAGCAUAAUUACGUUCUCCUCACGCACAUGAAGAUACACGAUCCGGAUCGAGUGCUGGAGAAGAAGUAUGAUUGCAAAGAGUGUGAUCGAAAAUUCGCCACCAGUGCGGGGCUGUACUACCACAUGAAAGGGAAGUACGUUCACCAGAAGAUGACCUGUCCGGUUUGCAGUGCUGUGGUCAAAGGAAAGGAACGAUACGAAGACCAUCUUGCAGUACACUCGGAGCAAAGAUAGGAUAUGCUUGCGGCUAAAAUAAAUUAUGAUCUGAAUCGAAGGAAAACUUUCAAAUGCUUUGUGGAUAAAGUUUGGAACUGACAGCAUAAUGGUUCUUGCAUACAUAUAAUGUGUUAUCAUAAGACUGAUUAUGUACGCAUACUAAUC